AUGGCUCCAAGAUCACCUGGUCUUCAUAAGGUUUGGCUGCCUGAGCUUGACCAUGUCAUCGUUACCAAGGACAUCCGUUCCUUGGAAUUGGAACCAUUGGACACUACCACUCCCUUCCCCCACACACCUGUCAUCAUCAGUGAUCAUGAUCUCCUUCGCUCCUACACCUGGCUCACUCCAUAUGAUACAUUGGACAAGACAGACUCGAACGAUGUUGUACCAUCUUCACUCCAGCCAUACUCUCAUCAACAACACUUGGUGACUCAUCCAGACCCUUUGGAGUCCUCGAGUUUAGAUCAUGAGUGGGAUCACAUGAUGAAUGCCAUCGAAGAGGCAGAGGAAAUAGUUAUCGACCUUGAUGCUAUUGCUGCAGAUCUGGGGGCAGAACUAAAUGUGACAAUGUCCGAAGGGGGGAACCCUAUGCAGGACCUCAUGAGUACUCUGAGGAAUGUGCCAUUGCUCGAGACCCCUCACAGUGACACAACAGCAGACAUGUAUGAUGACAUCUCCAUACUCAAGCCCAUUUGCACAGAGUCACCAGGUCCACUUAGCUACACAGCCUUCACCACAGCUUGCUCUGACACCCAGGCCCCCACCAUAAGUGACCACCACCUGGACCACAUGGCAUUUGUGGUCACUGUGAUGAACAGCACCACCCUCGUUGUGAGCAGGCAGCAAAUGUGCAGUGCCAACAGCAUCCUGCUAGAACCCCUCUUGCUCAACGAAGCUAAGGCCCAUGAUGACUGGCACAAAUGGCAGGAAGCCAUGGUCAGCAAAAUGGACAGCAUGCACAAGAUGAAUGUCUUUGAGCUAGCUGAUGUUCCAAGAAAUGGUAAACUCAUUGGUGUUCGCUGGGUCUACAAACUCAAGCUCAAUGUGCAACAACAUGUGACAAGGUACAAAGCAUGCCUUGUUGCACAAGGAUAUGCUCAAUGCCAGGGUCUGGAUUACAAUCAAACAUUUAGCCUGGUCAUCUGUCUGCAGACAGUCAGGAUACUGUUUGCUAUCACAUGUCGAUACAGAUCGCAUGCAACACAACUUGAUGUAAGCACUGCAUUUCUAAAUGGAAAGAUUGACAAAGAUGUGCACAUCCAGAUACCCCCAACAUUUGAGGGAAAAGAGACUGAGGGUAAAUGCUAUAAGUUAAAGGAAGCUCUUUACAGUCUCAAGCAAGCCAGACAACUGUGGCAUGCAGCACUGGACAAACAACUACAGGCAUUUGGCUUCAGAUGGUGCCAAGCAGAACCAUGCAUGUAUACAUGUGGCUCAAAGGAUGCAAUGAUACUCCUUGCAGUAUACAUUGAUGACCUGCUUGUCAUCAGAGCAACUGUCUCACAAGUUCAGUCUGUACAACAGCAGCUCUCAAGCAUGUUCAGCAUCACUGAUCAAGGAAAUGUGUCUCACAUUAUUGGGCUGAAUGUAAACUACAACCAAGAAGCCUGCAUGCUCUCAAUUGAUCAGAGCAGGUACAUUGAGGGCAUCAUAGCGAAGUUCAGGAUGGACCAGGCUUGA